ACAUUGUGCGCCGGAAGCAGAGAGAACCGAGAGAUGUCUGUGGUGUUUGUACCCGAGAAACUGCGCGGGAGAGUGAGAAUACCCGAGGAUAAUCUGGAGAGGAUGCUAAAUGAAAACGAUCAGCUCAUUCACUGCAUUGUUGAAUAUCAAAACAAAGGCAGAGCGGCAGAAUGUGUUCAAUACCAGCAAAUUCUACAUAGAAAUCUGGUCUAUUUGGCAACUAUAGCAGACUCUGUUCCAACCCCUGUGCAAAAUCCAACCACUUGAUCUGGUGAACCAUCCCACUCGCCACAAGAAGCCCAAAAGAGGAUGCCCCAAGUUACGUUUUUCACAUCUGCGGGAUAAUGCCGCUAUUUAUUUCUCCACAACAUGCUUCUGUUGUAACCAUAGUAAGAGUCUAGCUGCUGUUCUAGCUCUGGCCAGGAAGUGGAGCUCUAUUAGGGAGGGCCUGAUUGUCACAGAAAUUGUUCCAGUAAUUAUGUGUAUUAUUAUUUUAAAGACCUGUUGGUUUACUGUACUGGAUUUAGCUCAUUCGUUUAUUCUAUCACGUAGGCGCACAACAUUAUGUUUUUUGGUUAACUGCUGUUCUUCUGUAAACUAACUCAAAUGUCAUCCGCCAUUUGAAUUUCCUCUUAACUGCUGUAACAAAAUAGCCCUAAUUAAUAAAUAUUGUUCAAUGA